CCGCGUGAGGUGGGCGCCAUUUUGUGGCGGCGGAGAGCAGAAGCGAGAAGAAGGACGGCCGCGCCUCACCCGCCUUUUAGCCCUUCCCCCCUCUGCUCCGUUAUUUUUUAAAAACCUUUUAAUCCUCUUUUCUUUGCCCUUCUCCCUUUUGGGCUUUUUCCCGCCCCCCUUCUUCCCCCUUUUCUCUCCUCACACUCGCCGACCGACCAACCGCAGCCAUUGCCGACCUCGCCAUGUCUGGUGGCGGCGUGAUCCGCGGCCCCGCCGGGAACAACGACUGCCGCAUCUACGUGGGCAACCUGCCGCCGGACAUUCGUACCAAGGACAUCGAGGACGUCUUCUACAAGUACGGCGCCAUCCGGGAUAUCGAUCUCAAGAACCGCCGCGGUGGGCCGCCGUUCGCCUUCGUUGAGUUCGAGGACCCCAGGGAUGCAGAGGAUGCAGUAUAUGGACGUGAUGGAUAUGAUUAUGAUGGGUACCGUCUGCGUGUGGAGUUCCCCCGAAGUGGCCGGGGCACUGGCAGGGGAGGAGGUGGUGGUGGAGGUGGUGGAGCCCCAAGGGGCAGAUAUGGGCCCCCAUCAAGGCGCUCAGAGUACAGAGUGAUAGUAUCAGGACUGCCUCCCAGUGGAAGCUGGCAGGAUUUAAAGGAUCACAUGCGUGAAGCAGGUGAUGUAUGUUAUGCUGAUGUUUUCCGAGAUGGAACUGGUGUCGUGGAGUUUGUACGGAAAGAAGAUAUGACCUACGCAGUGCGAAAACUGGAUAACACUAAGUUUAGAUCUCAUGAGGGAGAAACUGCCUACAUCCGUGUUAAAGUUGAUGGCCCAAGAAGUCCAAGUUAUGGAAGAUCUCGUUCUCGCAGCCGUAGUCGUAGCAGAAGCCGUAGCCGAAGCAACAGCAGAAGUCGCAGUUAUUCCCCGAGAAGAAGCAGAGGAUCUCCACGCUACUCUCCCCGUCACAGCAGAUCACGUUCCCGUACAUAAAUGAUCUUUAAUGGUGCUCCUUUUUGUAGAACCCCUCCAUGUUACAUAUCUGAAGAGAUGGAUUAAGAAUGCUUUGGAUUAAAGGAUUGUGGAGCACAUGUCAAUCAUUUUAGGAUUGUCAAAAGGAGGAUUGAGGAGGAUCAGAUCAAUAAUGGAGGCAAUGGUAUGACUCCAAGUGCUAUUGUCACAGAUUAUAUUGGCAGUAUUGACCUUAUACUGAGCAAUGAACUUAAUAUACACACCUACUCUGUAUUGGUUUAGGUAUGUUUUAGAUAGCUUUAGUCUUGAACCACCAGGAUCGCAAUUGUGGCUGGAUAUACUUAUGUGACUCUUCCAGCCUUGGAGGGUGGGGGUAUACUAAGUGGCUGCAGUGCAUCAGUUGAUUACAGGUGCUACCCAAACUGGCAGGUUGUUUCAAACCUGUGGGUAUAAUCUCAAUACUGCUAAAAUCUGCAUGUCCUCUGUGUGACUGAUAUAGCAUUGCUGUUUCACCUUCUUAAAAGUAAUGGAAUGAAAGCAGUUAUAGUAGCAUGGGGGGAGGGUACCUUGGGGAUUCCUUUUUAAGUCCGCCCCUUUCCCUUUCAAGUUAAGUCAGAGGUGACUCGCUGAUACUUCAGUUAACUUUGUUACCUUCCAGACUGAGUCCAAUUAGCUUUUAGUUUAGACAUGCAUAGGUAGAUAGCUUUAGCAGCAAGUUUUUGCUACUUCAUAAAACUUUUUUGGAACCACAAAACCUGUAAUUUGCCGUAUAGGAAUUGGUAUAUUGGCAUUAUCGGUUACCCUGUGUAAAUACUAGAAUGUUUCCUCCGAAUUAUUAACAAUGCUAAAAUCUGAGCUUCACAACUCAAAAGCUUGUUUUGGGGAAUUGAUAGUUAUGAAUGGCCAUUUUAAUUACCUAGUGGCUGACAUAACUGAUCAUUCUCCAGAAUCCUAUUUUUCAUUACGGUAUCUAACUUUUUGCCUCCUCUUUUUUGGUUUUGCUGGUUAUAAAGGUUUGGAUUGGAGAGGGCUCACUGGAUCCCAAUCCUUGGAGCUGGAUCAUUGGAUUCAAAUCAUAAUGUGGAUAGGAUAGGGAGGAUCAAUUGCAAGGAUUCAUGGAGCGGGAUCAAAUUACCAGGAACAUAGGAGUGGAUUCCUGCCCCAACCAAACCGCACUCGUGUGGAUUUUUAUUCAACUCAAUUGGCUAUUCCAAAGAUUUUUCCUAUUUUUGACGAUUGGAGCCCUUAAGAUGCACGAUGGAGUUGUCAUUUUUUGGUAAAAGGAGCAAAGCAAGGACCUGGAGAGGUACGCUGGAGCAUUCUUCUUGGAAGGAUUCAGCACGAGUAGAUGAAAACUUUGAAAAUAAACCAGGAAAACCAGGAAAUGAAAUGUGAACUCUCUGGCUGCAGUUAGUUGGCCAUAUCAUUUCUGUUAACAGAUGACUGAGGCAUGGAGACUUGGAGCCCUGCUGGUGGAUGAGUUUGAACUUGGAGCCAGGAGAGGAUUGCUUGAGGCUUUUCUAUCCAAAGACAGCCCUUCUCCAACCUCUUUAUGCCCUUGCAGAACAGUUCACCAGCACAAAGGAGAGGAGGAGACCAGUCUUUGUUUGCUGGAUCACGGCCUGGGAAGCUUUAGUAUAGAAUCUCUUCACCGCCACUACCAGAGCAUUUUCAAGAGUCCUUGUCCACCAAAGGGGAGGGCGGCUAGGGACUACAGCCCUCAAGAACUUGGCUGCUGCUGAAUAGGAUUGCGGAAUGAGCCUAUUGAAAACUGCUGGUGCUUGGCAUAAAAGUAUGCUUAAAGAAAUUGGGUACGGUUCUCAAACCAUAUAUUUUUUGAAUAGCUACAGAACUUGGAAAAACGGGUUCUAAGGGGGAAAGGUGUUUGUAACUAGUAAAAUCAACCCACAUUCUAAUUUUGGGUGUGCAGCACAUAGGUCAAAUGUGUUCCCCCUUUUUGUGCAGUUCAUGAGUUGGUUCUGAUUGUACAUUGACACUUGCCUUUUUGAGUUUCAUUCUAUAGGUUAAGAGUUGGCAAAAAGCUGAUAAUUGAUUUGAUUCCUAGAGGGCCUUGAGCAUAUUGAAUGGCUCAAAAUGUUCCCUUGUUUUCCUUCCUGAACUUUUGCUUUAUAUAGGCCAUUUUAGGGUGUGAUCCUAUAUACGUUAAGGAAGAAAACACUUCAAAAUCUAGUGUUCCCCAGUCAGCCAUGUGCUGAGAGCUAUAAGAUUUUUUUUUUUUUUUUGCUAAAACAGAAUACAAAAUUUUGGGCCCAUACUAGCUGAUGGGGUAAAACAGAACCUGUAGCAGAGGGAAUAGUGGAUUUUAAAUUCAGAAAAGUUUGUGAUGUACUUGUGGUAAUGAAGUACUUGAAUCUGAAUCUAAAUUGUGCUACCAAAGCCCAAUGAGCAACCAGUUCCUUGAGCCCCUAGGAGAGUUAUUUCUCACGGCAUCCAUGCUGCAUGUCAGACCACUUCUGAAGCUGAACGGCAGCUUGGCAUGGUAGAGGAGAGGAUGUAUCAAGAAUUUUAAAAGAUUUGCACAAAGGCAUGCACAAACGGCACUCCGAAAUGUUUUAUGGGAAGCCUUUAGAUCUUCCAUACCAAAAGAAAAGAAAGAAGGGCUACCUCUGGCAUUAAUGUCUUUCUCACCAACUGGCCCUCAGUCCUCUGGACUACCCAGUGAACAAAUUUAGUUUCUGGUUGGUGUCAGUUUUGCACAUGCUUGCUCAUUCUGUGACAUGUUGGUAAUUCUGAAUGCAUUACCACAAGACAGUGCAUUUCAGGUGCAUUUUGAGCUGUAAUUUCUGCUGUGGACUUGUGCUCACAAAAUUGGGAGAUGUGAGAAUUGAAGGGAAAUCUAGGGUUGGGUGGCAUGAGUGGGCUCAAUUUGUGCCAGUAUUUGCGAAGUUCAAAUUCUUCCGGCAUCCUUGGCCUACAUUUACCAGGAUCACUUGGUAGACUAGGACUGUGCCACUUACAAGGUGCCACUUAGAAGGUUAUAAAUGUAGAAUCACAUUUUUGAGUUUUCCCACACAUUUCAAAACAAAAAUAGCUUUGCAGGUGGAGACCUUCCACAACAGUGAGUAGGCGUAGCUAGAAUAUUUCUCCUUGUAGAAUACUUCUCCUUGUGCUAUCUUUUUACUUGCAGAGAGGUUUUAGGGGAGGGAAAAUAUUAGAGCAUCAGCGGUCCUACUGCAUGUGUAGAUCUGGCCUCCUGCUCUGCUCAGUUCCUCUGAAAAGUAGCUGAAGCGUUUUGCUGACUAGAAAGGACUAGAUGACUGCAGGUUGACAUAGAGUUACUGCUGCUGUGCGCUGGCGUCAUGAACAUCAGCUGGAAGGUAAGAGCUUGGAAUAGGACUGUACCACUCACUACCCCCUUCUACACAUGCCUGCCAUCAACCUGGUGUAUUUAAAGCACCAAGUAGCUGGGGGGGGGUUGGUGGGGGAGCUGCCUGGAAGCAAUCUUCAGUUUUCCCUAAAUCCCCCGAUUUAUCACCAUGGAGUGCUGAGAGAUUCUCUGAUGGAGGGAGGUCCCUGCCUGUGUUUGCCCAUGGGAAUGUAUCCCUAAUUCUUCUGUACCUAUGUGUGCAUUUCAGUGCUAAAUUGCUUUGGGAUCUUAAUCUGGCUGAAGAGCAGGACGUAAAUAAAAUGCAGCUAACGUGAAUGCGUUUGCUCAUACUCUCAUAUUUGCCUUUUCUCUUUGCUGUUGAGUUUUACAAAGUAAUCUUGACAGGGAAGACUUUGCCUGCGUUGUUUUACAUUCAGUGGAGCCAUAAAUCUCAGUAGUGCUAUGAAUCACAAGAUAGAAUCAAAAGAACUAUUAUGUUUUUAAACUGGCUGAUUCCAACCAUUCCCUCACCCAGCCCACAUUCACACCCUCAAUUGUCCUUCCAAGAAGUCAUUCAGCUCUCAAACCUCUGGAGUGACUGUGACUCUUUAUGCAUGGAUGUACAGAAAAAUUGUUAAAAAAAAUUCCAAAGGGCAUGCCAGAGUGAUUUUCUUGGCCUUCCCUCAGCACUGCUUCCUGGGCACUGCCAAAAGCCCCAACAGGAUGAGUGUCGUGGGGCCUCGUCUGACAAUUUGUUCGAAUUGUGAAGCCUUCCAUCAACCUGCCACAUUUCGCUGGAUCAGUUCACAAGUGCUUUUGCCCCUCUCCAGUAACAAAAGAUUUUUGAAAGACACGUAACUUGGAAUUCUGCAGCUGUUUCCACUUGGCAAUAUGAUAGUGUAGUACUUCCAACCUCAGAGUGAGAACAUACUAAUCACUCUGGAAUGAAUUGCUCCUAGGGAACAAGAAAUGAAUAUUAGACACCUCCAAACAAGCUUUCACAGAGGUGGACAAUGGGUCGUGCUGCAUGGCAUCAUUCACCCAAUAAAGCAGAUAAGAAUAGUCUGGGAGUAGGUUUCACGCUUAGACUAGAGGCUUGAUUGUCUGUCGAGUCCAGAAUCAUUUGUGCUAACUGGUAGGUAUUUUGUCUUGGGGCCUUGGCGGCAUCUGCCACCCAAUUCUAACUCUGGAGCUUGAAUCUUGGUGAUUCCAUAUGCAAAACAUUCCUGAACAUGCUCCCCAUCCACCUGCUACGUUUGGGAGGGAGGCCAAACCAAUGACUUAAGUCCCACCAGUGAGAUGUUUCUAGGUCAUACAGAGGGCGCUUAUGCCAAAAAAUAAUACUUCCUCGGAGAAGGAAGAUUUUCUGUUGGUUGUGAGUGAACACUGCAAGAACAAUACUGACACUUCUAAUUCAAAAGGGGAAGAUCUUCAGCUUCUGGAAGUUGCUUUUCUAAGAAGAAAUUACUUGGAUUCCAGUUGAUAUUCUUCCCUCUGGAAGAUCACCAAAUCACCUCUCCAGCACAAUGCAGUAGCAAAGUAAAUCCCUGAUAACCUCCAUUUGGUGACAACGCACAUAUUCAGUGCCUUCCACCUCCAAGAUAAAGCGGAUAGAAAAGAGUCAAGAGAGCUACCACAGCAGUAGGCAAAACUGGUCUGGAUGUAUGUGUCAUUCAGCCUUGUCCCAGACAUAGGUCAACUGCGUGGCAAAUUAUGGUGGGUGCCGUCAUGGGAUGCUUCUAGAUUUAUUAGAUUUUUAUCCCACAUUUUUAUUUUAUUUUUUAAAGAACUCAACAUGUCUUACAUCAUUUUCCUCCUCUGGCACUCAGUCUUAUUCCCACAACAACCACCCUGUGAGGUUGGCUGGGCUGAGAGUCUGACUGACCCAAAGUCACCUAUAUGGCUCCGCAGCAGGGCAGGGCCAAGAGCCUAGGCUGAGUCCCAGACCCCACGGGCUCUGUAAAAACAGAAGAGGAUUUUAUUGUGCAAACACAGGCUUUUUCAUGGGAUUUUAGGGCCCAAAUGGCAUCCCCUUUUUAUGAUGCCUCUUCUGUUUUCCCACUUUUUUGUCCCCUCCUCUCCUCUUCUUUGGUCCUUACUGAAAAGGGUCUAUGCAGGAGAAAACAAUAUUGCAUCAGCAGUCUUUCUAAACUCGGGCUUCCUCAGCUCCCAAGCUAUAAAAAUUGAUUCGCAAAACCAUGGCUUUCUACAGCCAUCUAGUGGGAAGAAUUGAAAAUGCCGCUCAUUCAAUUUUUGCAUUUCUGCAUUCCUACUAGCCAGAGUGCUUUGGGCAGUGUACAUAAAAUCAGAACCCUAAAAUAGGAUUUCAUAAGACAAUAGAAAGCCUUCGAAUGUAGAGAAAUUUAAAACUGCUUAAAAUAGCCCCAACAAUAAAAAUAACAUAAGAUGAUAACUUUUGUAUUCUUGAAAAAAAAUCAGUUUUCUGAAUUCUGCAAACAACUUGCGUUCAGAAGUCCCAUUACAAGGUGCCGAAUGACCGAAUGUAGGGGAAAGUCAGCGUAACUCGGCACUGAAAAGCUGGCAGUGUCGGCAACGGGUAGACCCCUUUGGGGAGAGAAUGGGGGGGGGGUUUCGUCUGAAAAGGCCCACUUCUCUUGCAUACUUCUCCAUACUCCCCUCAACAGAGGCCUUAGCGGGGAACCCCCAGAAGUUCCAUGGUAUUUGGGGAAGGUCAUAUCGGCAGAGCCGUGGCACUGGGCUCAGAGACAUGCAGGCAGCCGGUGCAACGCUGGUCAGAUUCGGUGUUCGAUGCUCAGACCUUCUGGUCUCCUCUUGAAGCUGACCACCACAGCUCAUCUAAACUGGCUUCCAACAGUCCAAGGCUAACCUGCAUCGAUUGCAUUGCAGUAAUUAACUUGGGAAGUCUCCAGAGUAUGGACUCCUGAAGCCCAAACCUGUGUCUAGUUCAGGGCAUUGCUAGUAGAAGGCGUUCUCUGCCACUGGGCACAAGACAGCUGAGGGCUUCACUGUAGGCUUUGAACCUGCUCCUUUGCAGGAGGGACAAGCCUGCCAAGAGCAACACAAACACCCUCUACCCAGUCAGAAGAACUGCUCACGCACAGCUCUUUAGGUCCACAUGCAUGGAAAACUAUUUCCAUGACUAUUCUAAGGCAUGGGUGUCCUACCUCUUCCAGCCUGAGGACUGAAUGCCACUCCAGAGAAGCUCUUGGGGACCAAAGGCAAAAGGGGUGGGACUAAAACACCAGCAAUUUUUUUUAAAAGCCCUUUACUGCUAAGAACUAGACCUUUUCAUCUUUCAGAAUGGGACUAAAAAUUGCCAAAAGCUGCAGUCACCCAAUGGCAAAGAGGCAUGUAAGAGAAAGUAGCAUUACUGCAGAGGGCUGGACCGGGUUUGAGGUCUUGCAUCCCUUUACCGUAAAGCAUGAUCUAUAACAAAGUGCAGCACCACACAUGUGUAGGUAAGUGUUACCUUUCUGCUAUCGCACUUCUCAAUAUGCAUCGAUACCUGUAUUUGGCUUGUGCGAAUGUUAUGCAAAUCAAUAUCCUAAUUUGGGGCGAUUCGUAAGAGGCCGUUGUCAUGCAUGUGCUAGCAACCUUGCGUGGGAAAUGCGGGCUUUAAAUGCCAGUAAUAAAUGUACAUGUGCACAGAGACAGGCUCCUGAAAUACUGGCUUGGGCGUUUUGCUUGCCCUUGGAUAAGACAGGAAAGGUCUCACAGGAUGGAGUCAGUGGUUGACUGUAAGACUAGAGCCUGUAAAAUAUUUCGUUGCCCCAAAAGUGUUUUGUGCGCUCCAAGAUGGCCUGUUCGUCUGUGCCUAAUGAGAAAGGCUGUUUUGUAGCUCGACCUGAGAGAUGUUCAUACCCCCUCUUUCCAAGGGACAAGUAGCUGCCCAGCUAUUUCCCGUUGUGUAGCAGUAACUCCACUCUGCCCCACUGGCAGCCGCUGUGAGGACGGUUUCUUGUUUCCAGUGGAAUUCUAGCCAUCUGCACUAAUCUUCCCAUUGCCUUUGAUGUACCCGUGAAUCUCCGCCUUUGUGCUCUUCCACUCCAGGGGCCUCCUUUUCUCCAGAAAUUUUUCUUCGCCAUCCCUCCUCUUUACUUCAGGAGAUCCCGUUUUGCUGAGAGGCCCAAACUGGGCACCCUGUUUGCUAUUGUCCAUUCUUAUUUAUUUGCACACAGGCAUGAAUAUGCAGAGAGAGGAGUGCAAGCUCUGCCUUGCUAUCAUGAAAUAGACCAAAGGAUUCAGAUUCUGAGUGCCUGUAAGGGGAAAACAUCACAAGAUCCAUCCCAAGAGAGAGACAGACCUGACCCAGGAGCUGGACUUGCCGGAAUGUAGGCCCCACAGAUAACCAAACCAAGGGAAAGCAAGGAAGAAUCCCCUUCCCCAUCUUAAUGAGUAGGGAAAAGAUGUAAGCUGGAUUAUAGUGUCUUUAGAUACUCCUGGACACGCAUAAUGUAUUAAUGUACUCUGUAUCAGACCAGAUAAUUUAUUUUUUAUCUGUAUAUCCUGCUUUUUUUUUUUUUCUUUUCGGAGAACUCAGGGCACCUUUCUCAUUUCUCCUCUUCCUCUCUGUCCCAAGGUAGCUGAUGUCAAAGCUUCUGCAGCACUCAGAAAAUAUCCAGACUUUGAGAACCAUUCCACUGGGAACUUGUUUGUUUUAUUAUAUUCAUAUCCUGCCUUUUUUCCUUUUCAAGGAACUCAAGGAGCCAGCUUAGGGCAGUGAAUAUCCAGAGACUGGGACGCGACCAAGCUCAUCUCUGUUGGCAUAGCAGGAUUUGCAAACCAGCACGGUGGGUUUAAAUGGUUCUUGGAAUGCAACCAAGUGAAAGAUGGAAAGAGGAAUGGUGUGCAUUGGCUAAUUAAGAUGGUGUCUUGGGAACAUGAUGCACAAAACAGGAGUGCGGCUCAAGCAUGCAUGCAGUGAUACAAAGACAGAGGCAGCAGGAAUUUCCGAAGUCCAACAGUGAAAACCCUAUGCCUUCCCAUUAGGAUUUCAUAUUAGGCAGUGCACCUGCGCUUACCUAUUUUGUGUUUUGGACCAAGAGCCAGGAGCAGGGCCUUCAAUGUGGUGGCCCCAUUUCUAUGGAAUUCGCUGCCCCUGGAGACCAGGUAGGCAGCAACACUCUAUAUGUCUUGUCAUCUUUGUUCCAGGAAGUUUUAAUGUUACCUUAUUUUUACUGCAUUGUUUUCAUUCUCUGUUUUAGCCUUUUUGCAGCUCUAGAAUCUGUUGAGAUGUGGAGCAGUAUGCAAAUACUGUGAAUACAUAACUAAUAAAGUAAAGAAACCUGCAGGAUGUUUUGAAAUGAAAGCAAAGAGCAAAACUAAACAAGAUGUCCUCCAUGUCCUGGGUUGCCCCCCAGUUCCCUGUGGUAGGACCCUGAUCCAGAUUGCCAGGGAUAUUUCUCCUUGCCCUUCCCAAGAGGUGAGGCUGGUAUGCUGCAGUCGUGGGAAAUACGCCACUGGAACAUAGAGAUUUGGCUCAGUGGAGACAGGCAAUCUUCUUCUUGCUGAAAUGCAUCCAAGAUAUGCAGCGGAAAGAAGAGACAAGGACUUUGCAGAUGUGUCACUUGCUCUAGCCUGUUUCUUUUUGAAAAGGAGAGAACAAGGAAGGGGUCCUGGAGGGGAAGUGGGAUGGUUUUGACAAAUUGGCUUCAGUUACCAACUGGUUUAUUGUCCUUGGGCUCUUGUGUCUUUACCAGUAAACUGACCUGCAGAAAUGUAACGGGCAAAGUUGUCCUACCAUAAGCAUCUAGUAUGAAAAACUUCAUCUGCUUAUCUCUGCAGCACAAGUUGCUAUUAAAGACUUAGGAGCAGGGCGAAAAAGAAGAGAAAUAAUUGCUUUGCAAUAUUCAGGAGGUCUAUAGAGGUUAAAAUCUCUCUCUCCCCCCACCCCAUUAGCACUGGGCCACUUACCCAUCUUAGCUCCAAUAUCCAAACUGUACCAUGGAACAUGUGAAGAACUGAGGUUGCCACCUUUGUUCUGGUCCCACUCCUACACAUUCUACAAAAGUCAGACUAUUACAUCACAGAAAGUUACUCCCUUCUAAUCUUAACAGAAUCAAAAUAAAUAUUCUAGUAUAC